GCUUUAACAAAGUUCCACGUCGAUAUACUGCUCGUAGCAAGCUCCUAACCCCAAGUCAAGACUGCACCUACUUUCACUUUUGGUCUCCUAACCUGUUCAACUUCUUCAUCAAGCUUGUAUCAGGCCUGCCACCAAUCAAAGAACAAUGCAGGGGACAGCUCAGAGGCGGAUUGUGAUGCUGCACGGGCACUUCGAUGUGUCCGCACAGCAGCCAGCCAGGGGAGGUUUGGGAGGCAUAGCUUUCGAUCCAGAGGCACUUCAGCGGAUCUUGGAUCAUGACAACCAUGAAACACGCCGUGCCAUGAAGGACCUGAUGAAAGACGAUUUGUUUGUCCCGCGGUAUGACAUGGACCUGCGCGAAGAGCGUGAGUUGGCUUUCCAAAGGCUGUUGCGCAUCUGCCAGUCUGGCCUUGUGUCCAUCACGGACUUCAGGCACAACCCUCUGAACAUCUUUGCGGCGCAUGAGAUCACCGGCUUUGCUGAUCCAUCUGUGGCGACGAAGAUGACGGUGCAUUUCAACCUGUUUGGAGGGACCGUGCUGAAGCUGGGGACGAGGCAGCAUCACGAUGUGCUGCUGGGGCCCAUUGACAGCCUGGACGCCACAGGCUGCUUUGCACUGACAGAGCUGGGCUUUGGCAACAACGCGGUGGAGAUGCAGACGACGGCGCAGUACGACCAGGGCGCAGACGAGUUUAUAAUCCACACGCCGACCACGCUGGCGCAGAAGUACUGGAUCACCAACUCGGCAGUCCACGCCAAGUGGGCCGUCGUCUUUGCGCAACUGCUCAUUGGCGGCCGCAACGAGGGCAUCCACGGUUUCCUCGUGCGCAUUCGCAACGAGGACAUGUCGGUGGUGCCAGGCGUGCGCAUCGAGGACAUGGGCCACAAGAUGGGCUGCAACGGCGUGGACAACGGCAAGCUCUGGUUUGAUCAUGUGCGCGUGAAGCGGUGGGCGCUGCUGAACGCGUCGAGCAACGUGGGCGCGGACGGCAGCUUCCGCAGCACCGUGGCGCGGCCGCGCGACCGGUUCCUGCGCGUGGCGGACCAGCUGCUGUCGGGGCGCAUCUGCAUCGCGUCCAUGAUGCAGUCCGGCUCCAAGAUGGCUCUGCUGAUCGCCUUCCGCUACGCCGCCACCCGCCUCGCCGUCGGGUCCCGGGGCAAGAGCGACACGCCGAUCCUGGACUACCAGUUACAGCAGCGCGCGCUGCUGCCGCUGCUGGCGCAGACGGUGUGCCUCAACCUGGGCCUCAACUAUGUCAAGGACCGCUGGGCUGCGGCCAGCGGCUUUGACGAAGUCAUGGUGGAUCCGUCCGUCGCGCGAGAGGUCAUCAUGCUCUGCUGCGCAAUCAAGCCGCUCUGCGCCUGGAACGCCCAGGAGACGGGGACAACAUGCCGCGAGCGGUGCGGCGGGCAGGGCUACCUGAGCGUGAACAAGUUUGGCGCGAUCAUCGGCUUUGCGCACGCGGGCAUGACGGCCGAGGGCGACAACCGCGUGCUCAUGCAGAAGGUGGCCAAGGAGUACCUGUCCACUCUGGACCAGGCCCAAGUGCGCGACCGCCUCCGCGCUGGAUCCAGCCCGCCCAACCUCUCCGGCGGGCAGCUGAGGGACGUUAAUGCGCUGCGGGGGGUGUUUGUGGCGCGCGAGGGGCGGCUGCUGGGAGCGCUGGCGGCCAAGAUGCGCGGCGUCAGCGGCGAGGCGGUGUUUGACACCUGGAUGAAGCGUGAGAGCGACUUGGUGCAAGCGACCGCUCUGGCCUAUGCCGAGCGCGAGGUCAUCGACGCCUGCCAGCGCGCCUGCCAGCAGGCUCCUGGGAGCGUGGCCAGCAUUCUGCGGGCGCUGACAAACCUGCAUGCGCUGCGCCGGCUCGAGGCAGACCAGGGGUGGCUGCUCACUGAGGGCAUCCUGUCACUGGAAGCAGCCCGCGGCAUCCCCAACGAGAUCAGGGCGUUGUGUGCUGAGCUGGCUCCGUCUAGUCAGCGCAUCAUAGACUCCUUUGGCAUCCCCUCUCACCUGGUGGCGGCUCCCAUUGCGGUUGACUGGGAGAAGUACAACAAGGUUGACAACCAGGGCGAGCUCAUUGGACCUGCCUUUGACUGA